UCAGGCCACAAGUGAGAUCUUCUACUGCACUGUUAGGCAUGGGUAUUGCACAAUCUUUUCAUUAUAUGAUUUUGUACACUCUAAUUGAGGGACAAUAAGCCACAUUGAUACCUGUUAACCUCGUACCACCUUUAUUUUGACCACAACAUGGCUCCCGGAUCUCGAAAGCGCGCGGCAGAAGACAGCGAGGACUUUGAAGUCGAGAACACCAAUUUCGGGGCUUCCUCCAAAAAGGUAAAGCCCGGUGCAGAAGAAAAUUUUAUGCAUGUCCAUUCCAAAUCCCGUGUCAAGGUCGAUGCAAACGGAGACCACUACUGGGAGAUAUCAAAAUUGCGCCGCGUUACGGUCUCUUCUUUCAGAGGCAAAACUUUGGUCAACAUUAGGGAAUAUUAUGAAAAAGACGGCAAGGAGCUUCCUGGAAAGAAGGGUAUCUCUAUGCCAGUUGACCAGUUCUCCUCCCUUGUCUCACUGUUACCAGAAAUCGAGACCACCCUUCAACAAUCUGGAGAAUCACUUCCUCGUCCAGACUACUCUAGCUACGAGAGCCGUACUGGGGCUCAAAAGUCUGGUGGCAAACAAGAAGGUGCUGUAUCUCCAAAGAAGAAUAUUGAAGCGACAAGCGAGGAAGAUGAAAGUGAAGAAUAAGUGCAUUAUCACUUGAAACAUUAUGAGGGGGGCAGCAGUAGUAAGCUGAUGCCAAGCUCUUGUGCAAGUGCACUUUACCGCUUGUUUAUCAGCCUUACCAUUUCCCUAGUGCAGGCUCAGGAAGGUCGGGAAACAGGUUCAGAAGGCAGGUAUCGAUUGGACUGGGUACUCAGGCAGGCUAUAUACAGGCACAUUGGACAAGACGUAGCUCAAAGAGCUACAACAGGAUCAAAACAAAAGUCAGACAUCUCUCUCGUGGGUCACGUUGGCGGUCUAUACUGGCAGAACAAGGUCUAUGGGCUGAUAAUUGGCUAUACGGCAAUGGCUAUCUUUUUUCAGCGCCACACGGAUUAUACCUUUUUACUAUCUACAAAAUAUCCCUUCAUUCUAUUCUUAUCCUUAUCUCAUAUUCUUUAUUAUAUAUCUUUAUUCUACUGUCUCUGUCACCCUUAUUAUCUGACUCUUACACAGCAAAGCCUAUAUAUGUCCUUAGCUAGCUGACCCAAAUCCUCCUUCAGAAGGGGGUAGACCAUGCAUAGUCUUAGACUAAAAAAUGGUCUCUAAAAUGGAAGUCAUCA